CCUGCCUCUCCCUCAUCACCACCACCUGCCCUCAUGAAGCACAACACUACUGCGCUGCCCGCAGCGCUGCGCGAAGAGCUCGGUCUUGGGCCACAGCAGCGGCGACCGCACCCCAACGCCGCUCGUGGCGGGCGUGGGAGAGGCCGCGGCGGGCUCAGCGUCAUUGGCCGGGGCGCCAGUGCCGCUGCGGGCGCGCGCCGUGGCGACCCGCUGCGAGCCGAGCAGCGCGAGCAGGCGCGCCAGGAGGCCAAGCGCCGAGCCAUGGAGCAGAACCGCCGCGAGCGCGAGGAGGCUGCUCGGGCUGCGGCGCCGCCGGCACCCAAGGCCGCCACUGCACGCGCUGCUCCACCCCAGGCCGAGGAGCGCAAGCGCAAGCGUGCGGCUGAGCCUCUCGAGCCGGAGCGCAAGCCCAAGCCUGCCAAGGCGAGCGUUGCGUCUUUUGCAACGGGUCAGCGGAAGCACGUCGAGGCGACACAUCAGACCCCGCUCGAGCGUCUGCUGGCGCGCUCUGGAGGCUCGAGCAGCGCGGCGGGCCCCUCGUCGCGGCAGCUGAGCACCGAGGAGGAAGACGCGGCCAACGAGCGCAAGCGGCGUGCGCUCCUGACAAAGGCAGAGCGUGAGGAGGAGGAUGAGAUCCGCUGGCUGGAGAGCAAGGUGGGCAAGAAGGACAAGGCGGAGAAGAGCAAGGGCAAGGGGAAGAAGAAGGACGAGGACGAGGAGGGCAUCGACGGCGGCGAUGAUGGCCUCGACGACUUCAUCGAGGACCUCGACCGCUUCUAUCCCGGCAUGUUCUCCGACACGGAAGACGAGGGCAGCGAGGGCAGCGACGGCCAGAGCGAGUCUGAUGACCCCGCAUCAGACGCCGAGAUGUCAGACGUCGAGUUCCCUGCCGAAGACGAGGACCAAGUCUUAGCCUCAGACGACUCUGAUGACGAUGCAGAUCUGGCCGACUGGGACGCUGCGAUGGCGAGCACAGAUGAGAGCGAGGAGGACGACUCUGCUGAGGACGACGCCAGCGAGCCAAGCAGCAGCGGCCGCGCGUCUGAGAACACCGCCCGGUCGAACCCGGCAGCUUCGGCCUCUGUCGCAGCGACUGCACCUCCGUCGGCGCCGACUGGGCGCUACGUCCCACCAGCAGCUCGUGCCGCCGCCGCGGCCGCAGCAGCCGCGUCCGGCGACGUCGAGGCCGUGCAGACAGCAGCACAACAAAGGCUGCGGCGCCAGGCCAAGGGCUUGCUCAACCGGCUCGGCGACGGCAACAUCGAGUCGAUUCUCGGCGAGCUCGAGGCGCUGUACCGCGACAACUCGCGCGCCGAGGUGACUGGCGCGCUGAUGAGCCUGAUCCUCGGCACUGUGGGCGCGCGCUCCGACCUCGUCGACACCUUCAUCAUCCUCUACGCCGCUCUCAUUGGCGCGCUGCACCGCGUUGUCGGUGUUGAGUUUGCGGCCAGCUUGCUGCAGGCCUGCGUCGACGAGCUGCUGAAGCAACACGCAGCCUCUCUCGCGCUCGACGAGGCAGAUGGCGAGAGCACUUCAAAGGAGGCGACCAACCUCGUCGCGCUGCUGUCGGCGAUGUACAAUCUCGGCGUGCUGGCCACUCCGCUGAUGUAUGACCUCAUGCGGCUGUUUCUGGGCGUUGAGAGCGCCGGCUCUUCGCCCGCGCAGAUGCGCGAGGCAGACGUUGAGCUGCUGCUCAAGCUCGUCAAGAGCUGUGGUGCUCAGCUUCGGCACGACGACCCCACCUCGCUGCGCACCAUCAUUGACGCUGCCAAGGAGCGCGCCAAUGCCGCGAAAGCCGCUGUGCAGACGGGCGCUGCAGAAGCAGGCUCGAGCCGCACGCGGUUCAUGCUUGAAGCGCUCGCCGAUCUCAAGAACAACCGCGUCAAGGCCACUGCUGCUGCCGAGUCCUCGCCCGCGGGCCAGGCCAUCUCGCGCAUGAAGAAGUUCCUUGCCGGUCUGGGCAAGAAGCGCACGCUGCGGGCACACGAGCCUCUGCGGGUCGGGCUGCGCGAUCUGCGCGAGGCCGAGACACGGGGCAAGUGGUGGCUCGUCGGCGCCGCCUGGGCGGGACACGGCGACGCAGAUGAUGCAGAGGGCGUCACUGCCGCACGUCCGCUGCGCAGCAAGGAGGACGACGGCGCCCAGCAGGCACUGCUUGCUGCGGCACGGGCGCAGGGCAUGAACACCGAGGCCCGACGCAACAUCUUUGUCGUGCUCAUGAGCAGCGAGGACUACGCGGACGCCUCGAACCGCCUGCUCAGCCUCAAGCUCAACGACACGCAGCGGCGCGAGAUCGUGCGGGUGCUGCUGCACUGUGUCGGCGGAGAAGCCACGUACAAUCCCUACUACUCGCUCAUCGGCGCACAACUCUCAGCCGACUCCACGGGCACGCGCAUCACGAUGCAGUUCUGUCUGUGGGACUUUCUGCGCACGCUGGGCGAGCGGCAGGUCGGAGGACGCAGCAUCGUCGAGCGUGAAGAGGACGUGUCGGACGCCGAGGAGCCUGACGCCGACACGGAGCGCAAGGCGGCCAACAUCGCUCGCGCCUACGGAUGGUGGUUUGCAAAGGGCUCGCUCAGCCUCAAUGCCCUCAAGACCGUCAACUUCGUGACGCUGAAGCCAGCCGGCAUUUCCUUCCUGCGCCUCCUGCUGGUGCACACGCUGCUCUCCACGCAAGUCUCCUCACCCGCGGCCACGCUCCGACCCCGCGCGCUCGCUGCAGCCACAGGCGAGCGAGCGCCCAUCGAGGCGCUUCUCGUGCGCGGCACAGCCGGCAAUGUCGAGCUGACAAAGGGCCUGCUGCUCUUCCUCGAGCGCGACAUGGGCGCUCGUGACCUGCGCCGCGUCGUCGGCGGCAAGAAGGCGGACGUCGGCAUCGUGCGCCGCUUGGAGUGGGCUGUGCGUGUGGCCAAGGACUGCGUCGCUGUCGGCGCUACUGUGCGGCCAUUCUGAGCAAUAGCAUAGCUAUCACUCGCGCUCUCCUCCCA